AUGAUACAUUCUAUAACACAAUUUUAUCCAAAUAAUGGUACUUUUUUAUAUCCACUAAUUAUAUUUCAUGAAGAAAAUUUAACUCCAGUCAUGCGUCAACAAAUAUUAUCGUGUGUGCUAAAAUCGAAUGGAACGAUAAACAUUUCGUUUGCUCUCGUUAAUUUUAGCACAUCAGUAUCACCAAAUACUGGAUCACGAUCAGAGAAAUCAAUGGGAUAUCGUUUAAUGUGUCGAUUUUGGACUUAUGAUGUAUUCUAUCAUCCUGCAAUCGUUCAAGGAAAGUAUGAAUAUCUAAUGAGAAUGGACGACGAUUCGUACUUUUCAGAUAGAAUUAAAAAAGAUCCUUUUUUAUACAUGGAUAGUCGAAAAUUAGAUUAUAUGUAUCGAUCUACAUAUAAGGAGUCGGCCUAUCCAUUAUAUUCUAUCUUAAAGCCUAUUCUCAAGAAAAAAUAUGUUCACAUUACUUGUGUUUAUAAUAAUUUUUUUAUGAUUCGUUUGAAAUGGUAUUAUGAAUCGCCGCGAGUUCAAAAUUUUGUUAAUGAACUAAUUAAAGAUAAUUUAAUACUUCGAGAAUAUAUUGGUGAUGGAUGUAUACAUGGAGCUAUGCUUCGUGUUGAUAGACGACACGUCAGAGAAGAACAUGUUAGAGAUAUUCCGUAUGGACAUAAUUAUCAUAUAAUGCCACCAGGUUAUCACCAAUGGAAGUUUAAAGAAGUCAAUGAUUUCCAUGAAGUUAUGCAUAAAUCAUGUGAACAGUUGACAAUUCUCAAAGGUACUCAAGGCAAAGUAACAAGCAUUAAGAUGUCUUAA